AUGGCGAUCUCGCACCUCCAGCCCGUCGUCAUCCUCCUCGUGCUCAGCGCCUUCGCGUCGCUUCCCACGCAGGCCGCCGCGAGAGGCGGCCACGAUCCGUUAGAUGAUGGGGCUCAUGAGCCAUUUUCACGUAAACUUCUUGAAGAUAAGCCGCCUCAGAUCACAGAAGAGAUGGUCCGUGGAUACAUGAGCAAUGCUGAGCUUGAGGCUGCUGUACAUGCCUUUGGAAGUCGUUGUUCUAAUAUCUCCAGGGUGUACAGGGAUAACACAAACCUGUUAUCAGCAUUGGAAAGAUGGGUGAUUGAAAUAUCGGACAAGCCCAGGCAAAGAGAAGCUGAACCAGCAUUCAAGUUCAUUGGAAAUGUUCAUGGUGACGAGCCUGUUGGAAGAGAGGUUCUUAUGCAUCUUGCAAAUUGGCUGUGUGAUAACUAUCUGAAGGAUUCACUGGCAACUCUCAUUGUUGAGAACAUGCACCUUCAUAUACUUCCGACAAUGAACCCUGAUGGAUUUGCUCUUAGAUGGCGUGGUAAUGCAAACAAUAUUGAUCUCAACAGGGAUUUUCCUGACCAAUUCUUCUCCGUUAACAACGAUAUUGACUACAGACAGCCUGAAACUAGAGCCAUUAUGAAUUGGGUAAAGCAAGAACACUUCACGGCUUCUGCUAGCUUGCAUGGGGGGGCUCUUGUUGCCAACUAUCCAUGGGAUGGAACUAGAGACACAAGCAAACACUACUACGGAUGUCCUGAUGAUAAGACGUUCCGGCACAUGGCAUCUGUGUAUAGUCGGUCCCACUACAACAUGUCUUUGAGCAAAGAAUUUGAAGGAGGGAUAACAAAUGGAGCAUUGUGGUAUCCAAUAUAUGGUGGUAUGCAGGACUGGAACUAUAUACAUGGAGGCUGCUUUGAGUUAACUCUGGAGAUUAGUGACACAAAGUGGCCAAAAGCAGAUGAGCUUCCUGUCAUCUGGGAACACAACAGGAUGAGUAUGCUCAAUCUUCUUACAACCCUAAUAAAGUCAGGAGUUCAUGGAAGGAUAUUUGCAGCAGAUACUGGCAGGCCUAUACCUGGCUCAGUGAUGAUAAAGGGCAUUGAUUCCAAGGUAAGCGCGAGCAGUACUUUCGGAGAUUACCAUCGAAUUGUUGUGCCUGGUGAGACAUAUGAAGUCGUGGCAUCAAUGGAAGGCUUCCAGCAAAAAUCUACACGCAUCAUGCUGGAGCAGGAAGCUGUCAACCUGGAUUUCAUUUUGGACCCGGACGGAACUGAUGGGCAGAUGAAGCUGCCCCGUAAUGACGGGGGCUGCCACUGUGACAAUGCCAAGCUGUUCCAUGUUCAAGAAGCUCACCUCUGGUUGUAUCUUCUUAUCGUAUCCGUUCUCCUGACCCUCUAUUUGGUCUUCAAGAGAAAAACGGCGUCAAGGUUGGCAUCAAAGUUGCUGGCAUAUAGAUACUCAUCACUCAGGCGGCCUGUUGCUGUAUAA